UCGGAAAGAAUCUUAUUUUUUAAACCUCAUUCGAUUUCUUUUUUUAUGUUACGUGAAACAGAUAAUUAUGUAAUUAAAAUCUAUAUACGUGAAGAAGGUUUCCGUCUGUCUUAUAACAUGACAUUGUAAUGCAAUAAUGUUGUGGAUUCUUUCAAUAUUAUAGAUAGAAAAUUGUCUUACCAAGAGAAUCGAACAAAAAAGUUGUUUGACGUUCUUGCCUCAAAACAGGUAUCUACGUAUAAUCAGUAAUAAAAUAAGUUGUAAUAGCACGCAGAGUGCAUUUUAUAUGUAUUUAUAUACAUAUAUUUUUAAUUGAAUUUAAAAAUAGAUCCUUCUCAUAAAUAAAAAGUUGGCUUGGAAGCAUCAAUUUCCCACUGCAUAUUUACUUAUUAUUCUGUAAAAUGGAGUAGAUUAAAAUCUGCAAUUAAUAAAUAAAAAGAAAAGAAAAGAAGAAAAAAUUCAUAUUACAUUCUGAAGAUAAUCGAAAAUCAAUGAAGUAAAUAAAACUACGUUCACGUUACAUGCAACAAAUUUAUCCAUUUGCAAUAAGUUAAGAGUCAAGAAUUUAUUUAUCUAUAUAUUUAUAUAUAUAUAUAUGUGUGUGUAUAUAUAUUUCUUUUUCUAAUAUUUCAUUUAUCUUAAAAUAAAAUGACGGGCUUCGAAAAAAUGAGUAGAAUCGGACGAACGGUCGAACGUUCGCGUGAAGAUAUAUUAAAGCGUUAUUUGAAAAUGUGUCCGACAUUUUAUCACAUUUGUUAUGAUCCUCUCGGUACUCAUAAAAAAUCACGUAGCUUUAUAGGAUUUUUAAUGGGUAUCUUUCUCGGUAUUAUUUUUUAUCGAACAAUUAUCUUCCAAUUAAAAUUUGAUCGUUAUACCACUGUAUAUCUUGGUAGUAUUAUUAUCCUUAUAUUAUCUAUCGGUUGUGCUACGUCUGUUCAGAUAAGAUGCAUCUGUAUUCUUUCGUUUCCUGCAUUUUUCGGUCGUGCCGGACGUAUUAUGCUGAGAGCAUUGAUACUUGGAUAUAUAAUCGCUGGACCUAUUUUUAAUAUGACAUACAAUGGGAAAGAAGUUAUAAGAAGUUUUGCUUGUACGGCCAAAUUGACGUAUAAUUUGACUAAGACCCGAGCUGAUCUUAUGUUCGAGCCUUUUCAUCGGGCCAUUUUAGAAAUGAGAUCGAACGCUGGCGAGUUAAAGGACGCUUUAUCAUCGGUUAGAGAUCUGAUGAGUCCGAUAGUGGAGGAGAUCGAAGGAGAGGAAGAGAUGAUGAGAUUGAAAGAGGAGAAUGAUUAUCUCGAUGAAAUUCAAGGGGACUCUAAGAGGAGCGAAGAGAUCGAGGAUAAGCGAAGAAAGGAGAUGAAAGAUGCCAAAUCGGAAGCUGAAUUUUAUUCGGUCAAAUAUAAGAUGAAAGUUGAAGCACGUUGCGAGGAACAACUUAGCCGUGGUGCUGGUAGAUGCAGAGACAUGUUCGCCGAUGCUUACGACAAGUGUUAUAACAAGGUAAGCGUUUUUGCAGCCUGGCUAUUAUGCUGGCCGAUGAAGUUGACGUUCGUUUGCAAUCUCGUACAAGCUUUGGGUGGAGCUAAUAUAUGUGAUCCUGAUGGACAAGUCGAUGUUGGUGUUGGCGAUGGUUACGUAGCAUUAAAAAAUACUCGAAAUAAAUUUAGUGAAAGUUUGAAGGAUGCGAAACUUCAGUACAAAUUAAAGAUUGCACCGCCCAUAUUAGAUAUUCAUGAUGCCGCGACCGCUGCAAAAGCAAUAAUGUAUGAUUUCAACGUCAGAAGGAGAUACUUCGAAUCGGUGAUGAUAUUUGCAAAGAGAUGUUUAUCAUUAAUUUUUCUGAAAAUUAUAUUGAACGCUCAAAAGUAUCACGACAGUUAUCUGACCGAUAUAGAGUUUGAUAACAUUUACGUGACACGUUAUUUUCGAAAGAUCGAUGCUAGAAGAAAAGCUCGUGGUAGCAUUACCUUGUUACCAUUAAAGAAGGCCGAGAGAACUAAUUUUAUCGAUCCUUACGGUUUAAAGACGAGCAAAGCCGAGAGACAACAUAUCACAGGUGAAACGUUGAAACUCCUUUUUGAAAUAAUCAUAGCUACGAGUUUCAUACUAAUGGACAGAUUAUUCUUCGAAGCACUCGAUUUGAUUCGCCGUCAUUCACGAUUGGAAUUUACUCAGGUUGGUCAUCACGAUCUGAGUUUGCAGAUUAAAGGUACAGGUGUCAUAGCUUCUCUGAUUAGACAUUUGAUCAAUGGUUUCAACGUGAAGAAACACACGAAAACUGUUAUAACUAAUGCACCAUGUUUACCAAGACCAACCGAAUUGCCAAGUAAUCUAAUACUUCAGAUUUAUUGUACCUUCCUAGCCGUUUUCAUCUUAAUCUAUACGUCCGCUUAUACUCAGAGGACGCGUUUCUUUAUUUGCUCGUUUUUUUAUCGGACUCGUCAAAAACGACGUAUAUUAUAUCUAUACAACGAAAGUUUACGUCGAAGACACGGUUACGUAAAAUUUACGAAAGCGAAGAUUAUAGCAUUGGCUAGGACACGACAUUUGGAACAAGAGAUCUCCUUCACAAUGGCCUUAAGGAAAGAAUGGCCGAAACUUUUCGGCUGGUUAAAAUUAUUCGAAUCGGCAAGAGAAAAAUGUUUAGUUUGCGGAGAGGUUGAACCACGAAGGGGUAUUCAAUUUCGUCGAUGUACAACACCAGGUUGUCCUUUCGUUCAUUGCGAGGAAUGUUGGAGAGACAUCGGACAAAUUUGCUAUGCCUGUGCCGAUGUUUGUGAUACCGAUUCGGAAGAACCAAUGGAUGAGUCCGAGUCAACGGAAUGAAUAACAACGAGCUGUUAUCUCUCUCUUUUUCUCUCUCUUUCUCUCUCUCUCUUUUUCUCUCUCUUCGAUCCUUCUUUCUGACGUGACCUUUGAAAGUCGUUGGAAAAUCACAAAGACCGAGUUACGAUACGAUUUUAAGUUUACAUUUUAUAGUCUCGAAGUAUCAUCGUCUUAUUGAAGACGUUGAAAUCAUCAAAUUAAAUAUUCCAUUCAUUAGAUCCAUUAGCACAAUCAGGAAAUCAUUCUGAACGUUUACUAUUUUAUUUCUAAUACUUCGUGAGACUUCUUUGUUAAAUCUAUUUUUAAAUUAGA